AAUCCGCGCUUCAUACUACAAUCGAAGUAAUACACAUUUCGCUAUUCGUGGACAAGUCGAUUUUGACUCUUAUCGACACAGGGAGUUGAUAGAUACACUUGGAGUCCAAGGAAUUAUUUUUCCGUAUAAUUUAACGAUAUUUCCAGAAUUUAUGCAAUCAACGCUUUUAUUUGAGAAUUAAAUUCAGUAGUUCAUGAACUCCCCACGUAAUAUAGAUUGAUUUGCUUACUUGCAUGAACGUAUGGUUGGAGUCCAUUAAAAAAGAAGAGGAAAUAGUAAACGUCAACUAAAAUCAAAAUCGCUUGAGUAUAAAACUACUUUUAAAAUGAGUUUGCUUGCUGAAGUUUUAUUUUCAGCAGAAAAAAUAGAAAUAGAUCAGAUCAAUCAAAAGGUACCAGAAUUGAAAUUGUCUAUUGAGAAGAUAAAAAGUGAAUUAGUUGAAUAUACUGAUAAUGUAUACAUUAAAUACAGUGGACGUCCAAAAGAAAAUCGAAGUUUACUUCGUACAGCUCAAAAUCUUGAAGAGGAAAUCGGUACGUUACAUAAGCAUGCGGAAAAUGUUACAAAAAAAGAACUCCUAAAAUCAAAUAAAGAACUUUGUGAACAUAUAGAUACUUUGAACACAAUCGACCUCAGUUUAAAGCUGGUAUUGCAACUUUGUGAAGUAAACGAGAAGCUAAUAGAAUAUACAACUCUGCAAACUCGUAAAGAAUACUUGAAGUGUAAACAGAUAAUAUGCCAUUUAGAAGAUACCUUAGAUGCAAUUCCACAGGAUGAACAAUUACAAAUUGUGGAAGAACUAAAAGUGGUUGUUAGAGAGAGGAGAAUAGGUCUAAUAAAUGAAAUUGAAAAUGUAUUCAAACAAAAAAUUAUCAUAGACAAAGAUGAUAAUGUGGCUACCAUUAAAAUUAUAUCUGUAACUGACUCGUUAGAACAAGCACUUUUAGCAAUGUUUUAUAAUGAAUCGGUAAUUUUUGUACUUAGUAAUUUAGCAAAAUUUUUAUGGAAUAACUUUUUUAUACCUAUUGUUGACAAUAUUGUUGAUAUAAAAUGUGAGCAAAAUGAAAUUUAUUUUCUAAUCAAAUUAGAGAUUAUAGAUAAUAACAAAAAAUCUGUUUAUAAUGAAGUAUUUUCAAAUUUAAAAAUUUUACUAGAAUUUCUUGAAAACUUAAAUUUUCCUCUAAGUUCUACUUUUACAACUUUAGAGUAUAUUGGUUGUGAUAUUAGAGACAACCUAUCAGAAUUACUUAUAAAGCAUUGCUUGGAAGAUACAAUUCCUUCUACAGUUGAAGGUUUAAAAAAUUAUAAAGUAGUUAUAGAAGAAACUGAGAAAUUAGAAAAGACUUUAAGACAACAUAAAAUGUUUGCUGAAAACACAACAUCGCUCAUAGAAUAUGCCAACAAUAUUGACAUUCUGUUUAUCAACAAAAAAUGUAAAGAAUAUUCUGUAGAGUCUGAACAGAUUAUGAAAAAAGAUUUACAUAACUUAACAGAAGUUGGAGUGCCUUAUAAUCCAGAUAAUCCAUUGGGUUGUGAAGUAGAUCAAUUUCUACAAUGUUGUGUGUCAAAAAAUGUUUUAGAAUUAUUGAACUAUUGCGAAAAGAUAUUACAAACAGCCAUUAAGGGAACUGAUGUAAAUGCAGGUAGACUGUUAGUAACUGUACAGAAUAUUUUUAGAAAUUAUACAAAAUUUGUGCCUGAAUAUCAUAACAAAAUGCUAAAGACCAUUCCCCAACAAGUAGCACUAUUCCAUAACAAUUGUUUGUAUAUUAGUCAUAAACUGACUGAAUGGAAUGGUAUUUAUUUGAUGAAACUUCCAUCUACUCUAAAUAUUUCUAGUAUAGAUUUUGAAGUAGAAAUAUGCCAAUUACGACAAACAGGUUCAGAGUUAUUUAGUUCAUAUGUCAAAGGACAAAUUAAUCAGAUCAAUGAAAUAAUGAAAGGUAGUGGAUUGGAUGGUGAUAUAAUAAAAGAGUUGCAACCAGUUACUGAAAAAUGUGUUAAACAAUGUCUUAGACAACAAGAAUUAUUAAGAACUGUUUGGCACAAAGUGUUAUCCUAUUCUAUUUAUAAUAAAACAAUAGGAAUAAUACUGAACUCUCUCUGUAAUUGUCUGAUUAAAUCCAUUACAAAUUUUAAUGAUAUAUCUUCGGUUGUGGCAGAGCAGUUAGUUGAAGUUAUCCAAAUUGUUCUUAGUAGGGGACCCAAAUUGUUUACAAAUAGCAAAGAAAUUAGUAUCUAUGUUCCUUUAUGGUACAAAUUGAACGAAAUCAGUUUUGUGUUAAAUUCUAAUUUGAUUGAUAUAAAUGAUAGGUGGGCUGAUGGGAAAGGACCUUUAGCUUUACAGUUCAAACCUCUAGAGCUGAAAAAACUUAUUAUAGCUUUGUUCAAGGCGUCUGAUAGGAGGGACGCAAUGUUGGCUAAGAUUCAAGAUUAAGUUUUUUACAUCUUAUUGCUAUUAUAUAUUUUGAUAAAUUUGUAAUUUCUAUUAAAAAAAUUGUUUUAAUAAAAUACAUUUUAUUUCAUGGCUUCUUUAUUUUGAUAUUUAAUAUAGUAUUUUUAUAUCUUCAUAAAAUUUUCCAUUGUCAUUUAAAUAUUAUGUAGAUAAUAGAUGGUAUGAUCAGAAAUAUGGUGAAUUAUUUUAUCAAAAAGAAAGUGGAGAUGUAGCAUGAAAUUUGGAUUACGUUUCUUAAAACUCCUGUCAAUAAUUAGAAAUGCACUUAUUCUAACUUUAAACCCAUAGAUGGAAAUUUUAUUUUGGAAUGGCUUUCAUCUACCCAGUCCUGAUCUUAUGUAUUACAAAAAAAGUCUUCAAAAUUAUGUACAAUAAACCCAACUUAUAUUCGUCUAAUCUAUUACUUAAAGAAGCCAACCUAGUAGAUAUAAGAUUAACUUAUAUAUAUAAUUUAAUAAUCUAUAUUUACAAAAAUUAACACAUACUACUUAAUAUUGACCACAACUAUAACACUAAGACAAAAAGUAGUUCUAAUGUACAAACCAUCAUAACAAAUAAGUCUUUCAGUCAAAGGUUUCAUUACUAUUUUGGAGCAAAACUGUAUAAUUACUGAAAUGUGUGAGAUCGAAAUGUUCUUAAUAAAUUUUAUUGAUUAAGAAGGAGGGACAAAAAUAAUUCGCAAUAGAAAUGCUGUUAGGUCUUUAUUUAGUUACCUAAUACAUUUUAGAUAGAUACUCAAAUGA